CGCUGCGUCAGCAGUCACGUGCCGUCGUCCACGAUGCCCUUGCCAGCGUGGCAGAGACCACAUCAACUGUUGACGGCAUCGUUUAUUUGUGGCGCAUGGAUUUUUAUAAAACUGCGUAUUUUGGCAGCAUUUCAUCAGUCUGUGUGAUUGCAAGUGAUCUACAUCCGGAUCCAGAUGGGCAACUGGUUGUCACGACUUGGUGACGUGCUGCAGGGUUUCACCAGCUCUUGUCCGUCUCGUAUUCUCAUGCUUGGCUUGGAUGCUGCCGGGAAAACGACGAUUCUGUACAAGCUGAAGCUGAACGAGACCAUCUCUACCAUCCCUACCAUUGGUUUCAAUGUGGAGACGGUCACCCCUGUGAAAGGGGUGACAUUCACUGUCUGGGAUGUCGGUGGACAGGACAAGAUCCGUCCGUUGUGGAGGCAUUAUUACAAUGGAACUGAGGGUCUGAUCUUUGUUGUCGACAGCAGCGAUGUUGCACGAGUGAAGGAGGCUCAAGACGAGCUGCACAGCAUUCUGGAGUAUUCCGAGAUGGAGCGGAUUCCAGUGGUGGUGAUGGCGAACAAACAGGAUCUGCCUGGAGCGAUCUCUGUGUCUGACGUUGUCAGCAAGUUGGAGCUGCAAGGAUUGAAGAAUCCGUGGCACGUGCAGGGCACUUGUGCAACGAAUGGUGAAGGAAUCAUCGAUGGUGUGCAGACGAUGGCCAAGAUGGUGAAGAAUUUUAGAAAAAGGAAGCAAGCAUACUGAGACAAACUGUUUUGGUUUAAAUAGUUUUUUUAUAUAAUAACUGCUGUUACAUAUGUGUAUUGUUAGAUAGUCAUUUUUUACAUAGUAACUGCUAUGGUAUAUAUACAUGUAUGUAUGACUUUCUCAAUGGUCAGUAUGAAAAAUAUAUUAGGCCACAUUGUUUAUCAA